GGCUACUUUCUGUUUCUCAUUCAUUUGUAACUUUAUUUUUUGCUCCUAUGGCUCCUAAGAAAAUUCAUAGUGAAAUAAUUGCUAUCUUCAAGCGUUACUAUAUGAAGUGUAUGCUGUGGCAAGCAAUAGCUGCAACUGAUCUUGAUGAUUCCAUCACACUUUGUGACUUUUGGAAGAGAUAUGAUAUCUACAAGGCUGUACAGAAGAUAGCAGCGGCAUGGAAGGAUGUACAGAGCGCGGCUAUGAACGGUGUAUGGAAGAAGCUAUGCAAACAAUUUGUGAAUGAUUUUAAGGGGUUUGAUAAUGUUGCCAUCAACAAAAUGUUGGUGACUACGAGCAAAGAACUGGAAAUGGAUUUGGAAGAGAAGGUUUUCACAGAUGUAUUUGAAAGACAAGUAGCCCCUGACAAACAAGGAUUUGAUAGUUCUUCAUGAGCAGUAAAA